AUGCCUCAGUUCAAAGUAGCAGUCUACCUCUACCCACAAGCCGACGUCCUGGACUUCUCAGGCCCAACAGAAAUCUACAGCCACACACACGACUUGGAUGAGAACAGCGCGACCCCCUUCAUCGUGAGCUCUUUUGCCCACAGCAACGCCGUGGCAUCGGGCUCACCCGCACUAGUAUACCAGCCCAGCAUGAGCUUUAGCGCCAUGGCCGCGCAAAUCACCGACUACGACAUCCUCGUGAUCCCGGGUGGACUCGACUCCACGGUGCUGAACUUGAUCGCAAGCGACGAGGGAAAGCAGCUGCUGAAGUUGAUCAAGACAUUUGCGGCGAGCAAGCCGCGGCCCGAGACGGGGAUGAGGUUCCUACAGUCCGUAUGCACGGGUGCGCUGCUCCUCGCGGCAUCGGGUGUGCUUGCCGGUCGCACCAUUACCACGCACCAUCUUUCGCUUGGGCUGCUUGCGAAACUCGCGGAUGAGGCGGCGGGCGGCCAUGCAAACGUCACUGUUGUCCGCCGGCGCUAUGUGGAUGCUGGUGCGACUGAGGCGGGGGUUCGCAUUGUGAAUGCCGCAGGCGUCUCGUCGGGCAUCGAUGCUACGCUGUAUAUUGUGGGCGAGACGUGUGGAAAGGAUAAAGCGCGUUUUGUGGCUGAGAUGGCCGAGUUUGAGAUGAGGGAUGCCGCGUGGGGAUGUUGA